AUGGUCAACCCUCCAGUGCCCGUCAGUGGCAAUCGAGGCGAUGCAAAGCCCGACAUCAGCGGCCAGUCUACGCUAUACAAGGUGGUCAUGACCCCGAUCAUCUUCGUAUCCUUCAUCCUAUCAUUGGCCAUUGUCGACCUGAAGUACUCCAUGCACCGCUCUCAUUAUCACGCCGAAAGACGGCCUAGCAGGCUGCCUCCAUGGCUUCAUCGCAUAGUGUACAAGUAUCGGCCAUACCAGUACACUGCCGUCGACGAGAACGGCAAACCAGUCGAGGACAAGGACGGCUAUUAUCACAGCAAGCAGCGAAAACUCAUGGCCAUGGAAGCCGAUGACGCCUUUCAGAUGCGGCGUACUGUGGUCGCGGGUCUUGUGCUUUCGGGCAUGGUUGCGACAUGGGGAGCUUGGUGGACGUUGAGAUGGGUGCUGGCAAGGGUCUACUGGGUAUGA